AAUACCUGGUUAUGGUGCGCCAGUUUAAGAAGAAGAAGGAAAGAUGAGCAAAGCCCUGCAGCGAGACUUUGUCGUAUUAACGGAGCUGGAACGGGGCCGAUUCGGCACCGUCUAUAAGUGCGCUUCCCGGAGCAACGCCGACGAUUACUUCGCCGUGAAAUCCAUCGACAAACGUGUGGUCGGGGCCGGCGACUUUCUGGACGCCCAAUGCCUGUCCAACGAGGUCAAGAUCGCCCAGCUCCUCCACCCUCACCCCAACAUCGUCACCCUCCACAAGGUCUACGAAGACGAAACCCACCUCCACAUGAUUUUCGAACUCUGCGACGGCGCCGAUCUCCACCGCCGGCUCCGACGCUUUCCCCAGGGCUCCGUCGCCGUGCCCGAAUCAGAGGCCUCUCGGAUAAUGCGUCAGCUAAUGCAAGCGGUUUCCCACUGCCACCGCCUUGGCGUGGCUCACCGUGAUAUCAAGCCGGAGAAUAUACUGUUCAUGGGCCAGCAUGGCCGGCUCAAGCUGGCCGACUUCGGGUCGGCCGAGAUAUUCAAGGAGCGGGAGUUGAUGAGCGGGGUGGUGGGGACGCCGUACUACGUAGCGCCGGAGGUGGUGGGCGGCAGGGAGUACAGUGAGAAAGUGGACGUGUGGAGCAGCGGUGUGAUAUUGUACAUGAUGUUAUCUGGGGCUCCGCCGUUCGACGGCGAAACCGAGGUGGAGAUUUUCGAGGCUGUGCUUAGAGGUAACUUGAGAUUCCCUAGACAGUAUUUUCAGUCGGUGUCGCGAGAGGCCAAGGAUCUGCUCAGAAGAAUGGUCUGUAAAGAUGUCUGCAGAAGGUUAUCGGCCGAGGAAGCUCUGGGGCAUCCGUGGUUCACGAUUGCAGAGAAGGCACCAAGGACGCAACGUGAGUGAGACGAGAAAACAGGCUCCCCCAACUUUUCACUCUACUUAUGACUGUUGUACAUAUUUGAAAACAGGCUUUUAAAACCUUCGAGAUAUGAAUUGCUGUUUUGUGAAAUAAAGCGGCUUUCAUUUUUCCGCAGAACAUAACGUUAUAUAUAUAUAUAUAUAUAUAUAGCUGUCUUCUCCAUGGUAAAUGCUUUUUGUUUGUAUAAAGCACAGACUUGAUGUUGGUGAAUAAUGUUCCAUGCAUCGGCCAAAGAGGGAGUGACAGAAUACAAUUCGAGUUACUAUAAAUAUAUGAUAUUUCACGCUUGUUAUCUGUUAUAAUUAGUCUUUACUAUGCCAUUCAUUUUUAAUUAUCUCGUUAUAAUUUUGGUACAGAUGUUUGAAUAUUAGUUGUUAAUUAUGGUUAAGUGUCAGUCAAUCAUGAUUAGUUGCUAAAAAGAGAUAAGGGUUGGGCAUUUAGGUAUGAGGAUUUAAUCCUAUAUAAGAAAGGGAGGUUAGCACGAUCUUCACCUCAUUGUCCCCAUGUUUGGGGUUUGCUUAUCACCCAAGUGAAUUGAUUUGAUCUAUGAUCUUUCAAGAACAGAAAUGUUGUAUUGUUUAUAAUCAUCAUUCGAGUUAGUUAAUAGAAAGGUUCUUAUCAAACAUGGCAUAGUGCAAGUUGUCUUUUGGGCCUUGUGGUUGUUCAAGGGAUGAGUUGGGAGAAAUGGGCUGAAAAUCAAUAAGUCAGACCCAUCAAGCUCAAGAUCCAGUGAGCCUCCCCGGUUUUGACAGUGCGUUUCUUGAUUUGUCGCCGAACUCUGCGUUUCCCGUGUCUACGCGAAACGACAGCGAGAAGAAGAUUCUUUGAUUCACGCAAAGACGGCGCAAACCCCCGAUCACCGAUGAGGAUCCAGCGGCAACGACAAGAAGGUUUCCGCGCCGAGAACUAUCGUUUUCUCAGCGCACGACGCCUCCAUUCA